GGAUCAAAGCCACUGAAUGAUUUAUGUCUCUGUCACCAUAUUGCUUACCAAUGUUUUACUGAACUUUUUUUUUGCAUGUCACAAUUUGAAUUCAUAUCAAUUUAAAUACAGGUAACUUGCUGAUGAAGUGCCUGUGUAAUAGACUCGUUUGAUUUUUCACUGACUGCAAUUUAGAGCCUCAUGACACAUUAUAGUACAUGACAGCAGUGAAGAAUGCAGUAUUUAUUCUUCUGGAUUCACAUUUAUGUGCCCUGAACUAAAGUUCAUGUCCACUUGAGGUCCUAGCUAAAUCCUGAAUGAAACUCUAGUGCACUGUAGAGUAUUUAGGUCUACUUUUCUAUGCCUCGGUGCUCUGUGGGUAUCACGUGCCGGAAAAUACAGAGCUGUUUAGUUGGAAAAGCCAAAUUUUGCAGUCGCAUGGGCGGAGCUAUAGUUUGUAAGGUGUUGAUGACGUAGCCGGAGCAGGCAGCAGAAAGCCAAUGACGUCUCGCGCAUGCUCAGGUUGGAAUACAGCGCUAUAAGGAAAAAAGUGAGAGAAACAAAGAAAUAAACAACAUCAGGAAAAGAGAGAAAAACGUCAAUUUUGCAACAGAGGAACAGCUCAGAGUCCACAGAAUUGUCUACCGAUUGCGGUGUGCGUCUUGAGUCGGUGUGAGGUCUACAUGACUGCCACAAGUUCAGGAGUUUCACCCGGUCACCUGUGUGUGUUUUCCUGGAUGCCUUACAACAUCUGAUCCGAGACAAAAUGGAAAGAACUUCUUUGUGUUAGGGACCUCUUUGGUCUUCAGCAGGUCUGCAUGUGAGGGUCAAGAUGCCAGUGCUGAUUUCAAGAACAUUUCACAGUUUUGUCAUCUGCUGAUUAUUUAUCUUUAUCCUCACUCUUACACUCUGAGUAGAUAUACUGAGCUGGCAUCAGUUUUCUCACUGUAGCUAUCUUCCCCUCCCCUUGCCGAACACCUCCAGCAUCUGAGUGGUUGUCGUGGAGAUGACAGCAGUGACAGAGUAGCAGAGGAUCAGGGAUGGGGAGUACACCAUGUUCUGGUAAGGGGAGGGGGGUUGGUAGCUUUCAGGAGCUUGGCUGUAUGCCAUGGAAGGUGAGCAAGCAGAAAGGUGAGGCUGCUGGAGGUGGAUGUGCUCGUGAAUCGUAUGAAGCUUUAAAUGCCAGAGUGGUCCCUCCUCCUCAACAACCUCCUGCCAUCUACCACGAGAAGCAACACCGAGAGCUGUGUGCUCUGCAUGCACUAAAUAAUGUCUUCCAGGAUGGUGCUGCCUUCAGUAGAGAGGCACUUCAAGAUAUCUACCAGAGGCUCUCCCCUAGCACAUUGGUAACUCCUCACAAGAAGAGCAUGCUGGGUAAUGGCAACUAUGAUGUAAAUGUCAUCAUGGCUGCAUUACAGACCCGUGGGUAUGAAGCUGUUUGGUGGGACAAAAGAAGAGAUGUGAGCAGUAUUGCACUGCCAAACGUGACAGGUUUCAUUUUGAAUGUGCCAUCCAACCUUCGUUGGGGGCCUCUGCGUCUGCCGCUCAAACGACAGCAUUGGAUUGGAGUGAGGGAGGUGGGUGGAGUCUUCUACAACUUAGACUCCAAACUACGCAAUCCCCAUCCCAUUGGAACAGCUGAUGAACUCAGGAAGUUCUUGCGUCACCAGCUUCGAGGGAAGAACUGUGAACUGCUGUUGGUUGUGCCGGAGGAAGUAGAGGUCCAUCAGACCUGGAGGACUGAUAAUGUUUGAUCGUUUUCUUGGAUUGUUCAACUCAUGCUCAGGAGGGAAUGUAAGGUUCAAUCAGGGAACCAUAUAAGAGCAAAUGGAGUUGCACUCAACGAGUCACAAAAGCACACUGGCAAGACUUUUUGUUUACACACAAAAACCACCAAAUGCUGGACACCGACUAAAGCAGCAAAGGACAUUAACACACAGGGAUGUUGCAAAAACACUAUACUGUUCUUUAAGACUUUCAAUAUUCAGAAUUUGGCAAUGCAUUUGUCUGCAAUUUCUUUUUUGUUUCAUACUGUUUUAGAUUCAGAAUAAGGCAUUUGAAAUUCAGUAAUGCAUUCUCUGUAUAUGAUUCACAUAGUCACUUCUUCAUGUGCUCUUCAUGUGAUUCCCCUUUUGUCCAUAUGAUUGUGUAAAUUACACCUCACCAUCUACUGCAGCAGGUUUUUUUGUUUUACGAAAGGAGCCUGAAGCACCUUCACCUAAUGGUAAUUGUUGUGUGGUUUGUUGUGGGGUGUAAUGAAUAAGAAGUAUCUAAGCAGCACAGUGUGGCAAAGAAAAAACUGGAUUUUUUUUCCCAUGUUAAUCUCUUUUAGGAGUCAUAGGAAAACUGCUACUUCCUGUCUUGCACUACAGCCAAACUACCCACAAUGGUUAUAAUGCUUUGCCUCACACAGUUACAGUAAAAAAAAACAAAAAAAAACUAUUGACUGACACCUCACAAGGAUUAUUUUCCACGGAUAGUAAAAUAUAACCUUUGUGUCCUAUUGCCAAUCAGUCUGUGCUGUAUUUUGAAUAGAUAAUAAGAUUUUUUUUUAAUUUUUUAUUAAGACUUUCAGAAAAGGUUGUUAAGAAAAAAACAACAACAAAGAUUUAGUUCUUUAAAUAAGUGCUGGAGUUUAAAACUGUUUUGUGAAAGGUAUUUAAAGGAUGAGAGUGUUGUUUUUGUUGUUGGUUGUCUUUUGUGUUAGUUGAGUAAUUAAGCCAAUUAUGCAGUAUAUCUGUAAUUAAGUUUGUUCAAGUCUGUGUAUACUGUUCGUUGUUGGGGUGACAUUAUUAACGGGGUAAUCAUAUUAUACAAAAGGGAAAUCUAAAUGUACACCUCAGGUUUUCUUAAAAACUGGACACUCACAUUUGACUUAGUUAACAUCUAGAUAUAGAUGAAAGAAAUCUCUAGCAUUCUGAAAAUGUUGCUAGGCCAAAUCCAUAAAUAUAUUCUUGAACAUUACUGUUGUGCAAAAGGGACAUUCCACACAUUUACAUACACAGGGUGCUUUGUUAAACUGUAGAAGUGUUUUGAUUUCUUUGCCAUGACAAUCCCGUUCCCUCAUGUCCCUGUUUAGGGAAAAUGUAGUCACAACGUGAUCAUGCCAUUGUUUUCCAUGCAAAUGCUUGUAAUGGCACUUUAUGUAUAAUCAAAGAUGUGUUGUGACAUCAAUAAAAUGUCUUU